AUGAUUUUUAAACAAGAAUCUAUUAUUAAUGAGAAUUCACCGACAACUUCUUCAACAAAUUCAACUAUACAACAAUUUUAUUCAGAUAAUAAUAAUAAUAAUAAUCAUUUAAAUUCAGAUAAUACUUAUUUAAAUGAACAAGAAUUGAAUUUAAAUAAUUUUGUAUACACAACAAUCAAUAAUACAAUGUCAGUAUCAGUAAAUAAAAUCAAUUCAAUGUUAUCAAUAUCAAAUAAUUUAUUAGAAAAAACCUUUCAUCAUCAUCAUCAUCAUCCAUUGAUUCAUUUAAAUUUAACUAAUCAAUUAAAUAAUCAUUAUCAUCUUCAAGAUGAUCAUCAACCACCAAUGAAUAAUAUAGAAAAUUUAGAAUUUAUUCAUUCUAUACAACAAAAUGAAUUGAAUUAUUCAACCCAAACCCCAAUAUCAUCGUCAUCAUCAUUAGAAUCAUCAUUAACUCGUAAUGAUAGUGAUAAUAAUUUAAAGAAUAGUCUAAUUAACUUGCCAACAUCAUCAUCAUCGUCAUUGUUCACAUCGACACAUGCAUCAAAAUCUUCUACGUCUAGUUUUUCACAUCAUCAUCAUAAUCAUCAUCAAAAUCCAAGAACAACAGUGACGAUGGGAAUAGGUACACUAACUACUACUACUACUACUACCACAACUACCACUACCACUACGACUACGACUACAACAAAAAGUUCAACUAUAAUAAAUCGUUCGACUGGUAGUCAAGACUAUAAAGAAUAUGGAAAUUCACUACGUUCAACUGUACAAAAUCGAUUAAAUAAUCAUUCACAUUCACAUCCACAUCAUCAUCAUCACCAUCAUGUUCAUCAUUAUAGAACAGCGUCAAUUUGUUCAAGAGCAUCAUAUAUGUGUCGUAAGUGUAAAACACAUGGACAUAAUAUUCCAGUUAAACGACAUAAACGUACAUGUCCAUAUACAAAUUGUAAAUGUAUUAAAUGUCAUCUUGUUGAUCAAGGUAGAAAAGUUGUCGCCAAACAGAUAGCUCUUUAUCGUGAUCAAACUGGUAAUUCACAUCAACGUGAUACACAUGAACAACAAACAAGUUUGAAUCGUGUACAAACAUCCUCUAACAUUCAUUGGUUACAGACAUUUACAGAAGCGGUAGCAUCGUCACCGUCGUCAAUGGCAACAAUAGCUACUACGACUACAACUGCCUUACCUAUUGCAGCUAACAACCUGGAACGAAAUAGAAUUGAUGAGGCAAAAAUGAAUAAAAAUGUAACUACAACUCGGAACACUACUCGUGUAUGUAGUACCACUGGAUUACAUAAUCCUACUUUUUGUGAUGAAAGAAUCAAUCCAACGUUAGUUCAUCUAUCAACUCAUUCUAAUUCAUUACGAUCAAUGGUGACAAUGAUGGACGAUAAACAAACAAUUACAUCUGGUCCACAUUGUCGACGAUGUCGUAAUCAUUCGAUAGCUGUUACAUGGAAAGGACAUAAGAAAACUUGUCCAUUUAGAAAUUGCCCAUGUGAUCCAUGUCGAUUGAUUAACGUGAGAAAAGAUACAGAAAAAACACUUAGGGAAAUGGUAAGUCAUAAUGAAUUAAAACCCUUCACUAAUGUUUUCAAAGAAAAUCGUAAUAAUUAUUCAACCCCUAAAUUGCAAUCAAUUAUACAAAGUAAUUCAACGUUGAAUGAUACAAAUACUCAAACAGAAUGUGCAUAUAAGCCAUCAACUAAUCUAUAUAGCAAUAACAAUAAUAAUAACAAAAUCAAUGUAGAUCAUCCUAAUGGAAAUGAAAAAAUCGGAGAGCAUUUAAUCAAUCAACAAACAAAUGAAAGUUUAUUAUUAUCAAGACCACCUAAAUCAUCACCAUGUUUAACACAAUUAUUACAUGAUAAUCUCAGCAACAACGAUAAUAAUAGUCUAUUGGUGAAUACAACCCAACAAACAAAAACAAUAACACCAUUAAAAAAUUCAAAUCUUUUAACUGUUCGUGAUAUAAAUCAUCUUUCAUCAUCUGAUUGGUGGAUUCAAUCAACAAAUUUAUUACAUAAUAUACCAACUACUUUAACAUCAGUAUUAUCACCAUCAUCAUUAACAAUUUCUGUAAAUCAUCCUAUACAGAAUCAAUUGACUACUAUGAAUUCAAUUGAUUGUGUACAAUAUGAUACAGGUUUAGGAUAUAUUCAUCAAAAAAUCAAUAAUAAUAAUAAUAAUAAUAAUAGUACAGAAUUUGAUUCUGCAAUCACAACAGAUUUUUCACAAUUGAACUCAAUAGAAGAUUAUUAUGAGUCACCAAUUCUAAAAAAUGGUUUAACCAAUGAAGCCAAUGUUAAUUUUCAUUAUAAUGAUAAUGAUAAAAAUUAUUAUUAUGAUAAUUCUGAUUAUUUCGGUCCUACUAUCGAUUUUAGAAAUCCAUCGCCUUAUUUGUGCAGAAUAAAUCGAUCUCAAGCAUACAAUCCCACAACAAAUAAUUUGAAUAGUAAUAUAAACAUACCUGUUAAUAAUAAUAACAAUUGUGCUAAUCAUAGUAAUAACCCCAUGAAUAAUAAAUUCGGCUCAUAUUUCACAUCACAAUUGCCCAGCGAAACCGCUUUCUAUUGUCCUGAACGCGUUUCAGCCGUGGCAGCGGCAGCUGCAGCCGCUGCGGCGAUGGUUGCAAUGACACCGGCUAUCAGUAAUUCGCCAAGACGAUGUUCUCAUCAUCAUUACCAUCAUCAUCAUUGUCACGCACAUACACAUUGUCAUAUUAAUCAAAAUUUUCGAGAAGAUAUUCAACAACGACAUGGACAAGACAAUAUAGAUGAUGACUAUGAUGAUGAAGAGGAUGAUGUUGUUGAUAAUGACGACUUAUUGAAUGAAGCAAAUACUAUGGAUGCUAAACGUUAUCAUCAUUAUCACCAUAUGUACAAUCAACCCGCCUCAAUUCAGCAUCAACAUCACAAACCUUACGAAACAUUAGAUCCUGAGUUAUAUUCAAAUUUAGGACAAAAUAGAACAAUUAGAGGAGAAUGUACUCCUAUUGAUAGUGAGAUUCAUGUACCAUCAAUGGAUAAAACAUGCAUAAUAACUGGAAAUUCACUACCUUAUAUUGAUGAGUAUCAAGGUUCACCAGUAGAACACUAUUCAAGGUUUAACAGAUCACCAAGAGAAUGGAUAAAUAAAGAAACAGAUGAUAUCCGAAUAUCUCAAGAAGAAUUAACAACACUAAUACGACAUACUGGUAAUAAUAGCAGAAAACAUGAGUUACCACUAACCACAACAUUCCAACCAGUUUCUUCCACUAAUUAUAUGUCCUUAGCAUUUAAUCAACUUGCUGUAGACAAGUUUCAUGAUCCAAAUUUAAAUACAGUUUCAUCGGCUUCAUCAUUUAUGCCUCCCGAAGUAAAUAGUAGUUUACCAGUUUCUUUUCCGCGCCUUCCUACGAAUAUACCCGCAUCACGAACCCUGGAUUAUUCAAAUACAAUAUGGCGAAAUUAUUCUAAUCUUAAAAUGAAUCAUCUGUUUUCUGAUACGAACACACAAAUCAAUAUAUCUGAUAAUACUCAUGCUAGUGAUGAUAGCAUUGAUGAUGAAGAUAAUGAUAAACAGCCAAACUCAAGAGUCUCAUUAAAUCAUUCAAUGAAUAAUUCCAAAUUGGAAUAUUCAAGACACAUUAAUAAUCAGUCUGAACAUGGUAGUGAUGUGAAUUUGUCAGCUUGGUCAUUGCUGCAGUUUAGUAAUGAUAAUAAUCAAGCAAUGAUCGAUAAUAAUAAUAAUAAUAAUCAUUCAAAUAUAUUGAUGAGCAGUGGGAAUGUUGAAUCAACCAAUAGGAUUAGAGAUGAAAAUUAA